CUUUCCCAUUUUGUUAACAUAGUAAUUUGAAAUAUGUAAAUACUAAUUUAUGCGCAAAGGUUUUAUUAAAAUAUAAAAGUUAUUUAUAGUUAGUUAUUAAUACAUCCCCGCCACGGUGCAAAGAGACCCAUAUACCACCAUCACCAGCACUCCCAGGAUGAGUUUUUUGCCGGGGACGGCCAGUCUAAUCGAAGAAAUUGACAAAAAGUUGUUGGUCGUGCUCCGAGACAGCAGGACUCUGAUUGGUUACCUAAGAAGUAUCGACCAGUUUGCCAACUUGGUACUGCAGCAGACGAUUGAACGAAUUUAUGUCGGGGACAAGUUUGGGGACAUUCCUCGAGGAAUUUUCAUCGUUAGAGGUGAAAAUGUCGUCCUGCUCGGUGAAAUUGAUCCAGAACUGGAGAGCAUGACAAAACUAACAAAGGUGAAUAUAGAUGAAAUUUUGAUGUUGCAGGAAAAAGAGAGGCAGGAACGACUGGAUGCCGAGGAAUUCAAGAAGAGGGCCCUGAAGGAAAGGGGCCUAACAAUCCCCCAAUCCGACCCAAUCCCAGAGGAAUAUUAUUAAUUUAUUAUUAUUAUUGCUGUUCUUAUUGUUGUUAUUGUUAUUAUUAUUUAGAAUUAAUCUGUCCUCGUUGCACACGUCCUCUCAACCUCUAGGACGUCCAGCUUUGCGGAUUGCUUCGUGAUUUUAUUUUACUCCAUAGAACAUUAAUCCUUUUCCAUUGUCACGUUUUUAUGAUGAGAAUAAAAAGAUGUUCCCAUCUUAUUAUUGACAGUCUGAUCAGAAGAAUUCAUGAAUAGGGCCUUAACCUGAUCCUGAAAGAAUAUUAUUUUACUUCUUUAAUACUAAUUAUCAAUUAUUAUUAAUAAAAUUAUUUAUUAUUAUUAUUAUCGUAAACUUUAUUAUUAUUAGUGACAAUAUUACAGUAGCAGCGAUUGUAGUGGUACUGUUGUUAUUGCUACUGGUAGUAGUAAUAAUGUUGUUUUUAUUGUUGUUAUUAUUAAAAUUUAAGUUUAUUGGAGCUCUAGGCAUGGUUCAUGAUGCUUCUAUCAAUAUUAAUUUAAUUAUAAUUAUUGUUGUUAUUACGUAUCCGCAAAGCAAAUGUUGACCUGAAUUGUUCAGCUGUAUUUGUUGUACAUAAUUUUAUAUUCGUUUCCAAUACAUCAGUUUUAAAGUUA